AUUUUCGAACAAACCGUUACUUACCUUCACACUCGGGAGCUAAUUUGCAGCUCUUCGACGCGGAGAUUCACCGGAGCGAAUAGCGAUCGAAGAUGGAGAAGAAGCGUGAAGGAGUAAUCGAAGGAACGAGUCGGAUCGUAUCAGAUCCUUACUAUUUCCUCCAUCUCAUGGCCUUCUUCUCUUACCUUCCGAUUCGCAGCUCAACCGCACAAUACACUUCUCAUCGACUCUUCGACAGAGAACUCCAAGCAUUUCUAGCGUUCCUCAUGUUCUCCGCUAUCAAGAUGGUUAGGGAGGAAACAUGGGAGGCCUUCGUCGCCGAUAGCUUACUCUAUGCUAAGAUCUUUCUCAUAGCUGUUACGUUGGUUAUGGAUUAUCGAGUGGCGAUCUGGUUUAGUCUCAUAUUUUCAGUUAUAUAUCUUUUAGCUCAACAACCACCAUUUAGCAGAUUAGGAACUGCGAAGAAGCUAACACCUAUGCAGUUGGAGGAUUUGCUAUCUGAUGGGACCACAACUAAAUACUGGUUGAUAGAAUUCUAUGCGUGUAGUUCAUCCAAUGUUCGUUCAAGCCGCUGCUUUCCCGAGCUCUCCAUCACGUACUCAAAUAAUCUUUUGUCUUUUGGAACCAUCGAUCUUGGACUUUUCCCUAAUACUGCAGCAAAGUUUGGAAUAUCUGUCGCCGGUGGAAUGUCUCAGCUUCCUACGUACAUAUUGUUUGAAAAGGGUGUAGAAGUUUCUCGGUUCCCAGACUUUUAUGUUGACGCUACACUGUCUUUACCCAUAACCAAGAAACUUCUGUGUCAACAUUUUGAGCUUGAUCGGCUUCUGCUUGACUACAUCAACGGAUCAUAGCCAGGAAAAUAUUAUGUUCGAUGACAACUCGUGGGAGAGCCUAUAACAGGCAUUUUAGUGAGGCUUUGCCUGAGGAAACCAAACCACAGAUACUACUUUUGUGUUAUAGAGAAACUAGACUCAGUAAGGAAUUU